AUGGGGCUGGAGCUCUUCCUGGACCUGUACUCGCCCGGCUGCCGCGCCGUCUACAUCUUCGAGAAGAACCGCAUCCCCUUCGAGCUGCGGCCGGUGGAGCUGGCGCGGGGGGAGCACCUGAAGCCCGAGUUCCGGAAGGUCAAUCCCGUGGGGAAGGUGCCUGCUCUCAGGGAUGGUGACUUCCUGCUGGCAGAAAGCAUGGCCAUCCUGUUAUACCUGAGUCACAAGUACCAGACACCUGAUCACUGGUAUCCCCAGGACCCACAGGUCUGUGCCCGCGUGGACGAGUACCUGGCCUGGCAGCAUGUCGCCAUCCAGCUGGCGGCCACCAAUGUCUACCUGUGCAAGUCUCUCCUGCCCCACUUCUCGGGGCAGCCCGUGAAUGCUGCCCAGCUGGAGAGGCUCCUCGGGAAGUUGACCCCUGGCCUACAGCACCUGGAUCAGGAGGUCCUGGCAGCCAGGCCCUUCCUGGCCACCGAGCAGAUCUCCCUGGUGGAUUUGAUGGCGUUCACGGAGCUGAUGCAGCCCACUGCCAUCGGCUGUGAUGUCUUCCAAGACCGACCCCGCCUGGCAGCGUGGGGUCGUCCAGGAGGCCCACAAGCUCGUGCUCCAGCCACAGGAUCCCCGCGAAGCCCAGCGUGACCCCCAGCUGGCCCAGAAGCUGGUGCAGCGGCUGCAAGAGCAGCUCCGCUAAGGGCUGGGCACGACCUGCUCACUCGGCACCCUGCUGCCCAUAAUAGAUGCCAUGUUUCCUUG